AUGUCGCUGACACAGGCGUCAGACACAGAGAAUAUGCAGGUGAAAAUAAUGAGUGACAAGCAGUCUAAAAAUGGAGAUGAACAGAUGGAAGGCAUGAGCGUAUCGGAGGAGGCUGCGAUGCCGGAGUUCAGCGACCCGGCCAUCUUGUUUGUUAGGGAAACGGCCAAGAUCCAGUACACCAAGGAUGAGUUGAUGAAGCUGCGCGAAGCUCCUCUCUCUAAGAGAAAACCGGAUUUUUUCGAUCCCUCUGAAGUAUCACCCGCCAUCCUGGACCCCGAACGCUGGCCCUUCGACCGCAAGAAAUCCGAAUCGUCCAGCGGCGAGACCAGCCUACGUCCCGACGUGGCCCCGCCCCCGGAACACCGCCGCCGCCCCACGGGCGUGCCGGCCGAUCCUCGUGAGCGCGUGCGCAAAGAGAACGACGGCAUCGUGCUGAGUCCGCAGCGGCGCAGCUUCAACACCGGCUGCUUCGUGCCGGCCUCUUCGAGCGGUGGGGGUGGUGGUGGUGGUGGGGGUAGAGGGGCGGAGUCUGGAGGUGUGGGCGGGGCAGGUGGAAGGGGCGGGAGGUCGCACAGUCCGUUGGGCGGCAAGGGCGAUGGGUCGCAUUUGGGCAUAAGAGAAAUCCAGACGACGAACACGCGCCGCAUCGGCAGCGGCCGCAUAAUGCGCGACUCGUGGGACUUUGGCGGCGGCAGUGACAAAACGGAGAACGGCGGAGACGGUGCCGAGUACGGUUUCCGCUCGGGGCAGCAGCAACAUCGCGAAGGCCGCGGCAUCAACGACCAUCGAGGAGGCGGCGAGGAUAAGUACGAGCAGCGGCGGAUGUUCGACAGGGACUUUGGGAGGGACAGGGGGGAGAGUAAUAGUAAGGAGGGUGGUGGAAGGAGGAAUAGCCGGUACGACAGGAGGAGAAUUUCCGAUCGGGAACAGGAGGAACCGGAAUGGUUUUCUUGUGGCCCCACUUCCCAAAAUGACACCAUCGAACUUCGCGGCUUCGACGACGGCAAAAAGAAGCUGUCUCCGUCUCGAGUCAGACGGGCCAAAGAGUGGUCGAAGAAGAAGAACGAGCCCACGCAAAAACCCACCGACGAAAAAGAGGAACCCAAGGAGGCGAAGGGACGUUCCACUCCAUCCCCGCAGGUCGGGGGGAAAUCGGUGGAGCAGUCCCAGAAGCGCAACAGUGCCGAAAAGAAAGUGGAGAAGCAGCCGUCUGACAGUGUCGGCGAGAGGAAAAAGGAGGAGGAGGUCAAGGCCGAUGCGACCGAUCACGGCUUCAAUUUGGACGAUUUCCUCAAGUGCGACACCAUCCCUGGACUGUUGACGAACGGUGUCGGCACCGACGAAGAAAACACCAAGUCCCGUUUCAGCCGGUGGUUCAACAAGCCGGACAGCCCCGAAAAGACCAGCAGCAGACGGUCUUCGACGCACGACGACCAACCGUCGAUCAUCAAGGACCUGCUGAAGGACAUUGGGAACGAAACGUCGGGCGUCGCGAUGCCCGGCGAUUCGGAGGCGUAUUUCGCGCCGAUUUCGCCGGCGUCCAAUACUGGAAGCGUCAUCGGGAAUAAGAGGGCCAACAACCACCAUCAGCAACCCCAGCACCAAUCGCACCCCGUCAACAUCAUGGAGAUGCUCCAAAAGGGCGGCAGCAAACAGCCGCCGCCCGCCGGCAAGAUCCUCAGCUUGGACGAGCUGGAAUCGAAGAUGCGGCAGAACGUCGAACCGCCGACUCAGAAGCAUCAGCCUCAACAAAAACCGGACGAGGAGAUGGCGGCCGCUUUCAAAAAAUUGUUGGCACAAGCACAAGCUGGUGUUCAUCCCGUUACUUCUAACGGUCCCAUGAACAAACAACCCAUGAGUCUCCUAGAGAUGUUGAACCACUCCCAGCAACAGGACGAAGCUGCCCGCUUGACCGGCAACCGCUUGGGCCCUCAUCACCAGCACCAGCAGCCCGUUGGUGGCGAUCUGGCGAUGAAGCUGCAGCAGGCACAGCAGCUGCAGCAGCAGAAGCAGCAGAUGGAGAUGCUGAACAAGCUGAUCAACGCGACGACUGGUUCGAUGCACGCGCAGCAGCAGCAGCAGAUGCGCGUUUCGCCGCUGCAGGAUUUGGGGAUGCAGCAGAGCAGGGAGCUGCUGAAUAGGCCGGAGGCGCAGGCCAUCUUACAAGGUCUCAAACGCGGCGAGAUCACCACGCAGCAUCUCUACCAGCAACUGGCCAAUCCCGCUCUGCAACCCCGCCAUCGAGACAUGCUGUCGACCGUCCUGAAAAUGCAGGGCGCCGGGUACGGGCCGAGCCCUAGGGCUUUGAGUCCGCAGCCCGCCGCGCAUUACAUGUUCCAGCAGCAGCAGCAGUCGCAGCAGCAACAGCAGCAGUUGAGCGUUUCGCCGUUGCCAUCGGUGAACGCGUAUUGUGUAUCUCCAAUAUUGGCUACUAGUCCCAAUACAUUGAGUUUACCCGCUAUGCACCAGCGCAUACCGUCGCCCAGAGAGCUGCAGGUGCACACCCAGAACAUCCUGCAGCGCGCGCUGAUCAAGAAGAAGCUCGAGGAGCAGCAGGAGAACUACCGCAAGAAGCAGGAGAUGCAGCAGCAGCAGCGGGGGCUCAGCCCCAGCGCGAACGGGGCGCACCAGGGGGCGCCGGGCCAAGGCAAGAACGUGCAUUCGCCCACUCCGUUGGCAUUCACGCCGACCUCGGUGCUGAGGAAGAUGACAGCCGACAAGGACGAAGGUAAGGAGAACAAAGGUAUGAUCGAUGGAAAAAUUCAGCUGGGCCGCGCCGUAACUGGAGUGAGACCACAACCUGUACAACCACAAGGACAGCAGUGGAAUCCUCAAUUUCCCUCUAUGAAACAUCAAGCUGGUCGUCCGAUAGUGAAGGCCAACAACCACUACCAAACCCAAACGCCCGAGCAGUUCUUCAGCCAGCACCAGGCGCAGCAACAGCGCAUGUUCAACCAACCGCCACCUCCGCAGCAGCAGCAGCAGCAGCAGCGCAGCAAACCGCAGCAGCAGCAGCAACAAUUUGCCCCUGUGGGCGGUCAAGGUGCCCAAUACAAUCCGCAAUCGUACAAUACUAACCAACAGUUCAAUCCGCAGCAGCUGCGCGCGCAGCAUCAACAUCGGUCGAGCAAUCAGCCGCCGCAGCAGCAGCAAACGGGAACUCAGCCGCAGCAGCAGCAGCAAGCGACGCAGCAGCAAAGAGGGCAGCAGAUAGGGUUCCAGCAGCCGCCCGUAGGGGGCGGUGCUUGGCAGCAGUUCUUCGGUAGUGGGCAGCCAGGCCCCAGGACCGGCCCCCCUUCCCCCUCCCCUCUCUCCCCCUCCCCCUCCUCCACCGUCGAUCAGCUGUCGCGCUGGUUCUCGCCCGACCUGCUGGAGCGCGCUAGGGGCGGCGAGCUGCCCAGCACGGCCGCCCUGAGGGGGCGUGGCGGGGCGGCCACAAGUCUGGAGGAGAUUGAACGGCAGGCGGCGGCGGCGCAGGUGCGCAACUAG